UUGCAAAAAAUCGCAGUUGCCUGUGAUAUUUUGCGUUAACAGUUUAUUCUAUUUAAUCGUUUAAAUUAUUCAAUUUCUUUUCCAAUAAGAAAUUUGAAUAAACAAGAAUCUAAUUAGCAAAACAAAUUACCCGCUCGCGAUAUCGUACAUAAACAGAAAAAGUGUAAGCGAAUCAACGUAAUAUUUUGUUUUGAAAUAUCGAAAUAUUAUUUUAUCAUUACGAAGCCUACGAGAACUUAACGCUCAAUUCCAAGGAACAUGUAAGUGACGCACGGCAGUGGCAGGAGCACCAUGGCGGUAGGGGAGGCGCGGAUACCGCCGCUGCUGCGCGACGAGAGAACCCAUACGCAUCAUGAGUCGCCGAAGCCGACGGGUGCGUCGGGCUCGACAAGUGGCCAGCGGACGCUGAGCCGCAGCGCGACCGUGCUGACGUCGCUGGUGGCGGGCGCGGUCGCCGGCGCCAUCGCCAAGACCGCCAUAGCGCCGCUCGACCGGACCAAGAUCAACUUCCAAACGUCUCAGAUCCCGUACUCGUGGCGCGCUGCGAUCGACUUCCUGCUGCACUCGGCGCGCACAGAGGGCGUGGCGGCGCUGUGGCGCGGCAACAGCGCCACCAUGGCGCGCAUAGUGCCGUACGCCGCCAUACAGUUCACGGCGCACGAGCAGUGGAAGAGGGUGCUCGGGGUGGACACUCCACAGAGCGCGCAGGCGCAGCCGGUGCUGCACCUGGUGGCGGGGUCGCUGGCGGGCGUGACGUCGCAGAGCCUGACGUACCCGCUGGACCUGGCGCGCGCGCGCAUGGCCGUCACCAGCGCCAGCCAGUACCGCACGCUGCGAGCCGUGUUCGUCAACGUCGCCAGGGACGAGGGCGUCAUGACGCUCUACAGGGGCUACUGGGUGACGGUGCUGGGCGUGAUACCGUACGCGGGCAUCUCCUUCUUCACCUACGACACGCUCAAACACAAAUAUCUAGAGUGGUUCGGGUCGCCGCAGGGCGCGCUGGUGAACGUGUGGUUGGGCGGCGCGGCGGGCGCGGUGGCGCAGUCGGCCUCGUACCCGCUGGACAUCGUGCGGCGCCGCAUGCAGACGGCCGCCCGCCGCCACCGCCACACCGCAACGGCCACCGCCGCGCACGUCUACAGGACGGAGGGCUGGCGCGGCUUUUUCAAGGGGCUCAGCAUGAACUGGGUGAAGGGCCCCAUAGCGGUGGGCAUCUCCUUCGCCACAUACGACGCCAUAAAGAACACCCUGAGGGACAUAGCGAUCGCGCUGGACAGUUAAUGACUCGACACAGACUCUAGUGGUAAGGUACACGUCACGUUCACAUGGAGUUGUGUUGUGAAUGCAGUUUACUGGGUGUUCCCGUGAAAUUGUAUGAUUGAUAGGUUUUUUUACCAGCUUCUCACUAUAUACCGAUCCUGUUGCAAGAUUCACGCACAAUUUGAUCGAUGAGUUUAACUGUGAAACCCAUUUAGUUAUGUAUAUUUUCUUGUAAUGGAUGAUAAUGGUAUGGUAACCCCGCCUGCGCUAUCGGUAUACACCGGCGGGGCACCAGUGAGGGGUGAUAGGUGAGGAUGAAGCAGGUCAGUUAGCCCAUCGUGAACAAUUCUCAUUGAAUUCGUCACGUUUCCAGGGGGCACCACGUCGAGGUCGACCUAAUAAGGCAUAUUGCUAGCAAUGGGGCUGUCAAACUCCAUUGCUAACAAUCCCUUUCCUCCCAGUUAUGUAUAUUAAAUGUAUAAACAAUAUACUAGGAUACUAUGUAUAUAUAGGGGGAAAGGGAUUGUUAGUGAUGGAGACUGAGAAUCCCAUUGCUGGCAAUAUACCCAACCAGGUCGACCGCCUCGCGGUUCUCCCUGGAAACUAUCAUGGUUAAUUCCUGAUGAAUUCAUCAUGAUGCGCUAACUGGCCUGUUUUCAUUCUCAUCUAUCACCCUUCACUGGUGCUCCGCCAGCGUAUCCCGUUAGCGCGGGCGGGGUUACCAUACCAUUUUCACCCAUAAAAAAAAAACUAUAGUAUAUAUAUAUAUAUAUAUAUAUACUAAAAUACUAGGAUAGUAAGAUGUAUGUACAUUUAUUAAUGACGUGUUCGAAGCACACGAACUGUAAUUAUAAAUUUUAAACGCAAAACUUUUACAUUUGGCCCCUGUAUAUGUAGUAUAUGUAAUCUGUGAAUUUGACUAUAUCAUAAAAUUGACUGUAAAAUGAAUUUUUGACCAUUUAUCGUCGAUAUUAUAUAUAUAUACAUGGUAGUUACCGUUUGGUAAUACGUUAUAUUGUUAACAGUUACGAUUCAGUUUACGUAAUACUCAAUAUAAACAAGGGAAUAAUAAAAAUACCAUAUAUAUAUAUAUAUAUAUAAAAUACCUUUUAUUGGUACAACGCUAUUUAUUACUCCUGUUGCAAACUUCUUUGUUGUUUUUUGAAGAUUUUAUUUUUCUUGUAUAUUUUUGUUUUUAUACUUUUGUUUUGUUUUUUUUUUACAAUUGUCACUCUUUGCUCUUUUUCGCUGUCGUACUCUGUCUUCUGUAGUUAUCUUUGUAAUAGUUAUUUUUUCCUUUAAACCCAUUUGUUUAUUAACGUCAAAUACAAGUCGGCAUACAGUCCAUAAUAUCGUCCAUAUCUCCGUUAAUGACUGUUGUACCGAUGUUUUUUUUUUAAUUGAUAUAAAAUAUGGUAACCCCGCCCGCGCUAUCGGUAUACACCGGCGGGGCACCAGUGAGGGAUGAUAGGUGAGGAUGAAGCAGGUCAGUUAGCCAAUCGUGACUAAUACAACAAGUAUUAAUCACGAUGGUUUCCAGUGGGAACCGUGUGGAGGUUGACCUGACAGGGCUUGCUAGCAAUGGGGUCAUUAGCCUCUAUUACUAACAAUCCCUUUCCCCCCCUGUACUGGUGAUUGACGUAACUAGAAUUAAAUAGUAAAUUUGACGAUAUAUAUAUAUAUAUAUAUAUAUAUAUAUAUAUAUAUAUAAUACAUACAUACAUAUAUAUGUAUGUAUGUAUGUAUGUAUGUAUGUAUGUAUGUUGUGGAUUAAGUUGACAUUGUUUGUAAAAUAUAUUUAAUAUUGUUAUUUAAUGCUUGGAAUAUUCAAUUUAGUUUAAUUUAAUCAUUUUUUUGUAUGAUCAUAUCUUAUUUUAGACACAAUGUACAUUGUUUUUUGACUAUUUUUUUUUAUACAACUUAGAAUGGCAAACAAGCUGACGGCCCACCUGAUGGAAAGUAGUAACCGUCGCCUAUACACAUGAGCUGUACCAUGGACGUAACAGAGUAUACUGUUUCGCCCAUGAUACCUCCCAUGCGUUACCAUUCUUGAGGACUCGGGUGUUAUUCCUCUGUACCCUGUAAAUUCACGCCAUAUCCCACCCUUCAAACCUUCUGUUCACUAGGUAUUCAUACAAUUUAGUUUUAUAUCUUUUUAUGUCACCUAUGUCUGUGAGGGAUUUAUUUUAUGUUUACAAUAUUGUAUGCGCACCAUUUAUUUUAAUUUGGGAUAAUUCAAGUGUAUCUUUAAAAUUUGUCAGUUGAAUUGAAAGAACUGUCGUGCAAGGGAACCUAUGUAUGAAGUUUGCAUGUUUGUUAAUUAUUUAUUUAGUAAAUUAAUGAAAUAAAUAGUGGAGACUAUGUAUAAACAUGUUAAUCGUACCAUGAUAUUUUUUUUUAUGGAUGAAAAUGGAAUGGCAACCCCGCCUGCGCUAUCGGUAUACACCGGCGGGGCACCAGUGAGAGAUGAUAGAUGAGGAUGAAGCAGAUCAGUUAGCCCAACGUGACGAAUUCACCAAGAAUUGUUCACGAUGGUUUCCAGGGCGAACCACGUGGAGGUCGUCCUAAUAGGGCAUAUUGCUAGCAAUGGGGCUGUCAAAUUCCAUUGCUAACAAUACCUUUCCUCCCUGUACCAUGAUAUUGGAACGCAUAUAGUGUGCCUUGUAGGUUUAAAGUGAUUCUAAUUUGUACUCUAAAUAUGGCUUUACGUUCUCUUGUAAAUGUACGACAUACAUAGAUGUAGUAAUAGGAAUAUUUGAAAUAUAUAUAUAUAGGAUAUAGAUGUAGAUGGGCGUAGAUGACGCAAGUACCACGAUUGAUGACGAAAACUCAAGUGUAUAGUGUUUUUUUUUACUUACUAUUGUUACAAAACAUUAGUUGAGCAAUAUUGGAACCAUUUCAGUUUGGAAUUCCACAAGGAUCUUUGUAGAAUUAUAAACUCGUGUAACUGGACUGUUACAUAUGGCAGAAGUUGUUAAUUUUAAAUAUUUACUUAACCCUUCUUUGCAUGUUUUUUUUUUAUUGGUGAAAUAAAUCGAGGUGAUGUGAAUUCAUGUUCAAAAUUAAAGGUAAAAUGGUUAAAAAACCAAAUUUGAUAGCUAUGUUUUUUUUUUCUCAAUGGACAUUGUACACUGCUGUAUCCGCUGACAUUGAUUGAUGAUUUCCACUUUGGGUGUUGCUGGAAGAGAACUCUAUCAGAGUUAAGCUCGCCUCUGUACUUUUGUUUACCUCUGUCAUAUUUUUAUAACUAAUGUGUACAAUAAAGUAUUAAAUAAAUAAAAUAAAAGGACACAAGACACGAUCAACUUAAAGUGAACUUGUUCUUUUAUAUAAUUUUUGGGCAUUCAAUGUUACGAUGGAAAUUUCCACCAUUGUGCAAAGAAGGGUUAAAUACGAUAAAGGAUACUGUUAAAAAUAAACGACGUUUCAUAAAUUUAUAGCAAGAAUUAUAUGUAAAUUUCGAUAUCUGCUUGAAGCCACGCCACGUGUGUGUCAUGUCUUAUGCCCAGCAGUGGGCAAUUGUUAAUCUAAUUUAUUUAUAUAAUGUAAAUAAAUAAAUGUAAUUGUCAUAAAGGAAUCUUAAUCAACUAAUGUAUAAUUACUCUUUUUUUUUAUCGUUGGUUGUUUUAAUUUUAUUAUUUUAUUUAAAUUUUACAUUUCAACUAUAAUUGUUAUUAUAUUGUUAUAUUUUUAAUUGAUUUUGUUUUUAUCUAUAUUGUUCUAGUUGUAAACGAAUAAAUGAUAAGUGUUUAAGAA